AUGCAAAUCUCCUUUACAUUAGCGACCAAGAGCGAUUUGGAAUUCCGAAAGGUGGCGCCUGCGCGUCUUCUCGAGACCCAAGAGGCCCACAAAUUACUUACACAGCGCAUGAACUCCCUUAUUCGGAAACGGUGGGCAAAGGGACCAUGUCUUCAGGCAAAUAUUGGAUUGGAGCGAGGAAGACGUUUGCCGUUUGGCACGCAUGGUAAGUACACGUUGUGA